GUGAGAAUAUCCGUCGCUACAUUUUAAAUAUCCCGCGCGCCAAUACUGCUACCAACGUAAGGGACUAAAAUGUAACCAAGUUAUGGCGUUGACAAUCUAUGGAAGUGACGCUAGAUUUUUGUAAGGUUUACUGUGUGUGUGUAAUAACAUCUAGAGAUAAUAAACGAGUUAAGUUACCAAAGAAAAGUCAUAAUUAUUAUCCCUAUAAAUUACGACAGGUUAUGGGCACAGGGCACACUUAACUGCGCUUCAAAAAUUGUGUUUUUCUUUGGUUAUUGGUGCACCACUUUAGAUUAGAAUAAAGAUGUCGAACAAUUCGAUGUCUAAUAAUGAUGAUGACUAUUUUGGACUAAAUAAUUACUCAAAAGUUCCAAAACUAGUUGAAUAUGAUGACAAAAGUGAGGACGAAUAUGAAAAUUUUAAGACUGAAGUAGAAGCUUGGAGUUCUAAAGCAAAAUCUCAAGAGAUGGCUGACAAUCAGAAUAAAAUCAGAGUACUUGAGGAUAUACACAUUCCACAAAUUAACAGUAAUAAUUUGGUAUUGCAAGAAAAAUUAAUUAAACGAUUUGAGAUUGUAGCUGAUAAAUUGUCAGAAGCUCUAAAUUCAAUUUUAGAGGUUAUGAAAGGAGCAAACACGAUGUUGACAAAAAUCAGCGAAAUCUCAAAAUCAACAUUAGAGACUGAGAAACUAAGACUUAAAAACAUGGAAGCUCAAAAGACCCUUUCAGUUAGAGUAAAUAAUAUUGAUGAUGACCAAAUUAAAGCAGUUAUAGAUGAAAUCGAGGCAUCAAAAAAUGGGGAUAAAGAGAAUAAUAGUAAUAAUAAUCCCAAUUCAGAAAAUCAAGAUUUUUUAGACAAAAGCAUGCAGGUAAUUAAAACCACCAUAGAGAGUGGAAUUAAUAAUACAAAAAUUAAUAUUAAGAGAGAUUACAGACUUUCUCAAAAAUCAAACUUUGAAUUGUGGUUGGAUUAUUUGAAGUCAGAACUGCAAAGUAAUGACUUACUAGAUGUGAUUGAUGCAAAUCUAGAAGCUUCUAAAGAUUAUUCAGAACAAACCAUUCUCAAGCGAAAAGGUUUGGUUCGUGACAUAAUAAUUAAUCAUUUAGACGAAAAUUAUCAUAAGAGAAUACUCAAUGAAAAAGAACCGAAAGAAAUUUUAAAAAGAUUAAGAGUUUUCAAGAAGGGCGAAACAAACGUAACGCACACUUCAGUAAGAGCUAGAUUGUACCAAAUUAAAAUGGGCAAAGAAGAAAGAGUGAUUGAUUUCUGUGAAAGAUUUGAUUCAAUUGUCAGGGAAUACGAAUCAAGUGAAGAUGCAGUACCCUUAACAGAACAAGAGAAAAGAUCUUCUUUUUAUCAAGCUGUUUCUGGGGUUAUGCCCGAGUUACGUAAUGUUGACUUGAUAAGACGACAAACCUCUUUGAAGGAAAUGAAUUUAGAUGAAAUUAAAUCUUUUAUUACUCAGUUGGAAGCGGAGAAAAGAUCUGAAAUGAAAGAAGAACCAAAAGUGCAAAAGGUAUCAAGUAACAAACAAGAGACCAAAUGUCAUCGCUGCAAUGAAUUUAAUCAUUGGGCAAUUGAUUGUCCAUUGCAAGGGAGUGGAAAAUGGUUUUGUUAUUACUGCCAGUGCAUCCGCACACAUAAAGGUUCAGAAUGCCAUCUUGCCAAAGCAGUAAAGAGAGGAAAUUUUAGAGGAAAAUAUAAUAAGUCAAACAAAAUAUUCAAGAAUAAGUAUGAAUCCGUUGAGAAAAACUAUCCAAAAACUGACGAUAGUGGUAAAAUUUCCAAACAAAACUUUAGAGGCAAAUGCAGAGGUAGAGGGGGAGUUCACCGAAUCUCAAAUAAAAACCAACCAACAAAACUCAACAAAGAGGGUACCUAUGAUAAACCAAAUUGGACAAUUUGUUUUAUUACCAGGAAAAAUAAUAUCGAAGAAACUGAAACCUUAGAAUACAAUGAGUAUACCUGUAAAGCACGCAUUAUAUCAAAUUCUGAGUUCCCAGUACAAUCGCAGAUAAGCAAUUCAAAUAAGAUGCUACAAGAAGGAGAACCUUUAGAGUUAGAGGAAAUAGAUAAAUUUGAGAUUGUUGGUUCUGCGAUUGGGAGGGAGAAUAAAUUAGAGUUUAGUCACUCAGACUUUGAGGUUAGUAUAUUGUCAAGGAAACCAAUACAAAUCGAUAACUUAGAGUCAAUAGAAACAUUAGAUGGGUUAUAUUGCACCGAUUCUUUCGAAAAGAAACCUAAAAACUUUGAGAAGAUUAAUGAGGCAAUGCUGUGGCACGUACGGCUUGGCCAUGCAUCUUUAAAUUAUCUUAAGAAAUUACAAAAAUUAGAGAAAAAGCUAGAGAAAGUAAAUUUCAAUGAGUCAAUCUUAGAGUGUGAAAUCUGUAUCAUGGCUAAAAUGGACAAACUACCUUUUACAACUAAAAGGAAAAGAGCAGAGAGACAACUUCAACUAAUCCAUACAGAUACUAUGGGUCCAAUAAAACCCAUAUCGUAUCCGGGACUAAAGAAGUUUGUGGUUGUCUUUAUAGAUGAUUACUCAAGAUUAGCUAGAGCAUAUACAAUCAAAACUAAAGAUGAGUCCGGUCAGUCAUUAGAGAGAUAUUUAAUUUCAGCCAGAAAUUUACUUGGCAAAAACGAGAAAGUAUGCUACAUACGGAGCGACCAAGGUACAGAGUUUAUGGGAGGCAAGUUUAUGGAGGUUAUGGAAAAAGAAAAAAUAGAGAAUGAUCCAUCACCACCUUAUACACCAGAACAUAACGGAGUCGCUGAAAGAUUUAAUCAGACAAUUCAGGAGAAGGUAAGAGCAUACAUGUUUGAUUCAGGUUUACCCAAAACAAUGUGGGAAUUAGCUGUUGAAGCUGCCGUGCAUGCAUACAACAGAACUCCUCACAAAUCAAUAGAUUAUCAGGUUCCUUUACAAAUGUUUUCAUCAAAUGUAAAUUGUCAUUUCGAACAAAUUAAGAGGUUUGGAUGUAUUGGUUACAUCAAAGUACCAAAACCAAAAACAAAAUUUGAUGCAAGAGCAAUCAAAGCAGUACUUGUAGGCUAUACAAACACCGGUUACAUUCUAUGGCAUCCGAACUCCCGAAAGUUCUUAGAAUCUAGACAUGUUAGAUUUAAUGAAAAGCUCGUUUACAAAAACGUUUUUAAAUCUAACGAAAAAGAACAAUUAGAGGAUUUAGAAGAGUUAGAAGUUGAAACAAAAAUCGAUGGUUUAGACUAUAUGAAAGAGUUUCAUGAAGGGAAACCAUUGGAAAUUCUAAAAUCAAAAGAAAAAGGAAGACCACGUAAAAAAUUAUUAGAUGAAAGCAAACAAAAACAAAAAGUGGUUAAAGAGCAAAGAUAUGAAGGACCAGUAACGAGAGGUAGAAAUAAGAGGAAAUCCACUUCAGAUGAAGAGCAGGUCAGUAUUGGAUUUGCAAGGCCUAUCCAGGAUAUAAGUUUUGCUCAUUUAGUGACUUGUUCGACAUCUGAAUAUAAGUUGGUAAAAGAUGACUUAGAUUACUGUCUUCUCGCUUCAUUAAAUAAAGAUCCAAUAACAUAUCAGGAAGCGAUAAGCUGUAAAGAUAAACUAAACUGGAAAAAGGCAAUACUAGAGGAAAUAGAGUCCUUAAAUACAAAUAAAGUUUGGAGAUUCGUUGACAGACCAAAGGUAAUGUUAGAUAGAAGAAAGGCAAAUGUUAUAGAUUCCAAAUGGAUAUUUAAGAGAAAAUUAGAAGCUGAUGGCACUACGAGAUUUAAAGCGAGAUUGGUAAUUAGAGGUUUCAAAGACAAAAGGAUAUAUGAUCUUAAAGAAACAUAUGCACCAGUUUCACGAUUGUCCGUAGUUCGAUCAGUACUCGCAACGAUUAACAAAUACAGUUUGUUUGCACGUCAAUUAGAUGUUAAAACAGCUUUUUUAAACGGUGUAUUAGAUGAAGAAGUCUACAUGGAAAUCCCUGAUGGAAUUAUUAAAUUAGACGAUCGAUCAAAACAAACAAAAGUUUGUAAACUAGAGAAGGCUCUUUAUGGUCUUAAAAUCAGUCCAAAGAAAUGGAAUAAAAAAUUUACAGAGGAAGUGAGCAAAUUUGGUUUGGAGAAUGAUCUGCAUGAACCUUGUCUCUUUACUUGGAGAAAAGAGGGAAAAUUUGUAGUACUUAUUCUAUAUGUAGAUGAUAUGUUAGUUGCUAGCAACAACAAAACAAAAUUAGGAGAAAUAAUAAACCAAUUGGGAAAAGUGUUCGAUAUGAAAGACCUUGGAGAACCCAAUAGUUUUCUAGGAAUGACAAUUGAAAGAAAUAAAGAUGAAAACUACAUGAAACUACACCAAGAAAAUUAUAUUGAAUCUGUUCUAGAGAAAUUCAAUAUGAAUGAGAGUAAACCUCAAAGUACACCAAUGGUUACAACACAAGUAACAAAACAAAACAAAAGAAGAAAAAUUGAAGAACAAAAUUUAAGAGACAAUGCACAAAAUGAAGAGUCAACUAUUUGUAAAGCUCCUUAUAGAGAAGCUAUAGGCAGCCUAAUGUAUUUAGCUAAUGCAACAAGGCCUGAUAUAGCGUUUGCUGUAAACUAUCUAGCCCGAAAACAAUUAGAACCAACCGAAGAUGAUUGGACAAGUGUUAAAAGGAUCUUUAGGUACUUAAGAGGAACAUCCAACUUUGGUUUGAUAUAUAGAGGGAAAAAGGAUAAUUUAGAAGCAAUGACAGAUGCAAGCUUUAGAGAUUGUGAAGAUUCAACAUCCACCAGUGGAUAUGUGAUAGGUUUAUAUGGUGAUGUGAUUGGUUGGAGAAGCCACAAACAAUCAUAUGUAACUUUAUCAACAUGCCAAGCCGAAUAUCUGGCAAUGAGUGAAGCUUGUCAAGAGUUGAUCUCAUUAGAUAAAGGCAUUAGAUUUAUUAUAGGAAAAACGCUAUUUCCAAUAACAAUCUGGUGUGAUAACAGAUCUGCUAGAGACUGCACAAAGAAAGACGGAAGUCAUAAGUUGAAAAUGUUCGACGAUGACUUGGAAAAGAUUAAUAAAGAUUUAUUAGAGAGAGAGAAAACAGGUAAUAGAAGACACAUGGCUGAUACGCAUGGUGAUUUUGUGAAAUCAUGUGUUGAUCAAAAAUUAGUUAGAGUUUUAUGGAUAAACACUAGAGAAAAUCUUGCAGAUAUUAUGACAAAACCGUUGCCAUUAGAUGCUCAUAAAUAUCUUAGAGAUAAAAUAUUAAAUCAAUCGUAGAGUUAAGAGUUCAUUUACUUAAGAGUUAACACUUUAUUUUGUUUAAACAGAUAAUACUUCAGACAAAGGCAGCAAGGAUUAGUUCUGGAUAAAAUGAAGAGCUACAGUUUAAAAUCAUAAGUUUAAUAAUAAGUUUCAUGUAUGUUUAUUAAUGUUUUAGUUUAGAAUAUUUAGUUAUUAGAGAUGAUAAAAUGCUAGCGAAGGGAGGGAGUGUGAGAAUAUCCGUCGCUACAUUUUAAAUAUCCCGCGCGCCAAUACUGCUACCAACGUAAGGGACUAAAAUGUAACCAAGUUAUGGCGUUGACAAUCUAUGGAAGUGACGCUAGAUUUUUGUAAGGUUUACUGUGUGUGUGUAAUAACAUCUAGAGAUAAUAAACGAGUUAAGUUACCAAAGAAAAGUCAUAAUUAUUAUCCCUAUAAAUUACGACAAUU